GUGAUAUGUGUAUUGGGUCUGUAGCUUAUAUCAUUCCAAAGUUGUGAUGAAAGGAGUCAGCCAUGCGUUGAUUUCAGGAGAAACACCGGUUAAGCAAAUGUCUACAAAUUUUUGGACAUAGUGUAGCAGUGGAAUGAGAGACCUCUGAACACUCAACCCAACUGCUUACAGGAUCUCUCCAUGUGGCCUAGAGGAGAUCUGAAUAAACAAUGACAGCAAGGUUAAAUUUUUACCUGUGCUAAAAAAACAAAAACAAAAAAAACCUGUUCAUCUUGCAAAGCAACUUGCCUACAAAAAAUGCACGUCAGAACAGCAGCCACAAGACUUCUUCAGUCAUAAGUUCAGCGUAGUCUAACUUGUGGCAAGACAGGUGACACCGAGCCGCUCUGGAUCAAUCUGACAAAAAUAACCUCUGGUGAAUGAAUACAGCUCAGCAUGGACACAGCAGACGUGUGGCAUCAAAUAGGUGCAGUCCAAACAAUGAACACAUCAUGCUUUUCAUUCUCCAAAAUGAUUAUGAUGGCUUUAUCCAUUGCUCAGAUUGCCAUGGGUGCAGUGUAUCUCCAGGAGUGUCCCAAGCAACACUACAUCCCUAUAUACUUACUGGUUUGUGGGGUGUUUAGUACAAUCCUAACCUUGCUCUCCUGCCUGCCCUGUAACAAAUACCAAGGAAUGAAUUUGUGCUGCUAUGUGUGGAAUGGCCUGGUGUCUGCCUUCAUGUUCUGUUGGUUCAUCAGUGGCAGUAUGUGGAUCUACUCCAUCUACCCUCCUAACUACAAUUCAACUGUUUUGGGAGAGCCCUACUGCAACAAGAGUCUCUACUUGUUUGCUUUCUGGACCACCACACUGACAUAUAUAUUCUUAGCAGGACUGUUGUUGGCUGCUUGCUGUGUACUCAUUUGUACGUGUUUGUACAGAGGAGCUACCCAUGCCUGAUGUUUUCAUUCUCAGUCAAAUUCUCUUUUCUCCUUGUAAAUGUAUGAAAAUCUGUCAUCAGUGACCACCCAACAUGUAAAAAUGAUAGGAAACUUAAUACUGGGUAACACUGUAUUUUGAGUGGUCCUUCCUUUGUAGAUGGUUAAUAUACUCUUCAUAGAGUAUCAGUAACAUCAACAACAUAUCAGUGUAGCAGCAGUAGUGCAGCUGAACACACUGAGGUAAAUAAUCAGAAGUUCUGUUGAUACAUUACUCACAUUAAGAGCAUGAGUUAUUUAUAAGUUACAUAAAAGUAGACAAUGUUAUUUCCAUUAAGCAUAUGUUACACCCCCGUGGUGUGCGGGAUGGGACAUAACAGUUAUGCGACCCUGGGGUUAGCAGGGCCUAGAUAGAAUCUGGGUAACAGGAUACAGAAGACACGAUGAGACAGUGUGUUCAGCUUGAGCUCUCAGAUUCAUCUCUUUUUCUUUUUAUUCAACAACAUACAAAACUAAAUAAUCUCUUCUCAACAA